CCACAAACCAAAGAGGGAAAGGAUACAGAGAACAAUGUGAAUGUGGAUUACAAUAAAAAAAUAGAAUUGAUUUAUUUGGCUUAUAGUUCUAUACAUGAAGAAAAUGUCUUUGUAUAUCACUAAUAGAAAAACAUGUGAGCAUCCACGUUCACACAAGCCAUCUGGAGGAUAAUUCCAGGGGGAAAUGACUAGAUAAAUGCUGGGGUGACUUUAUAGUGUGAGUGAGAGACAAUUCACACACAAAAACACAUGCUUUCUGUCCAGAGUUAAAGUGGGACAGGAAGUGGAGUGUUGACGUCAGCAAACCACAGUCUCUUCCCCACAGCAACAGCACAGCAGUUUAUUUAUCCCCUUAUUAUUAACACUCUGUCCAUCAGAGCAUUACAGGAAAGAGCGCAACACACCUCCAGCUGACUGUAAUACAAGAAGACACCUUUCAAUCAAGCAAACAUACCCCAAAGCAUGAAUCUCUCUAGUUCUUAAAGCUGCAGUCAAUCAGUAUUUUUAUAUCAACAAUGCAUCAUGUGAAAGGUAUGAUAAACCCACUGAUAAUUAUUACCCAACUGCAUUUUAGCAUCUUUCAGCUCAUUGUUUUGGUUUUAUGGUUCAGUCUCAGUGAUGAUGCACCGGCCCAGCACUAGACAGUUAGCGACUAGCUUGUGAACAUACAUAGUUUAGCGUUUAGCAGCUGAACACCAAAAUCCUUUCCUCCCUGGAAGUGUAAAUGAAUAAUUGUUUGCUAGCAUAUUAGUCACAACAACUUUGUUAGAUGAUAAUAUAAAUUGUGUUUUUAGCCUGUUCUACUGCCCCCAUGUGGCCAAACAGUUCAUGCUCUGUGGCAAGAAUAAUUUCUGAGAAUAUUUUGUGUGUUUUUUAAAAGGUCAAAAUCUACUGUAGCCCAUUGUGCCCAUAAUUAUUAUUUAACUUUGACAUCUGUUUGAUAUAUUUUUUAAAUACAGCAGGUGUAUGUUGAGUGCAAACAUAGCUAAAAAAAAAAAAAAAAAACAUUAUAAAAACUAUUUUUAUUGAAAAGGAAAGGAUUAUGUCUAAUCUGAAUUUGCUUUUCUAGGUUAAAGGAUAGGUUCAUAAUUUUUCAAGUCUGUCUUAAAACAAACCUAUUUCAGUGUUCAUUUGGGCACCUGACUGUUGUUUUAAGACAGACUUGAAAAACUGUCCUUUAAGUUGAGUGAUAAGAAACUAGCUAAACAAGUUUGCCAGACAGGUUGUUUCACUAAUAAAAACAAUAAAACCCAGUUUUUUAAAGGGGCACUUUACUGGUUUUACACAUCAAGAUCACUUCAUGUAAACUGUACUAUAUUGUUUUCUGACAAGUCUGUGAAAACAACAUGAGGGCUUAGCUUGGGCCAGGAGACUACAAAUUGAAAUCAGAAAACCUGCGUUACAAACCACAUGCAUAGUAUUGAGAAAGUUUUGGACAUUUAUGAAGCAGGGAGGAUUUAAUGAAAGACAUAAUUCAGUUGCAUUAUGGGAAGUGUAUGCUUUGGCAUUUUUGGAGCUUGACCCGUUCUAGGAACUAUAAUAGCUAAUUCGAUUUUGACCAUUCCUUUUUAUGUCUGUCAAGCCACUUUGUGCAAUUGGGAUCUAUGCUGUCUGGUCUUUAAUCAAAGAUACUGCAUCCCAGUAUUUUAGGCUCCCAAUUGUCCUUGAUCUUAAUCUUGUUAUAAGCACUUAUUUGGAUAAAUCCCCAGACCUAAGAGAGAGAGCCAACCAGUCCCUACAUUGUUCAAAUAAACAAAACGCCCAAAAUAGCAGAGUGGGAGGCCUGUGAAGUGGGGGCAUUAGGACCCAGCAGCACGGGGGCAGCCGCUCUGCAGGCAGACGUGCAGGGAGAAACGCGGCUCCGGUGCUGAGGCAGGAGUCAGGAGGCAGGAGGAGGGUCAGCUCUCAGCAUCACCCGGUAAGAAGCUCAGCAGUCUGGGCCGCUCUCUCUUCUUAUAUAGCCUACAUACGCAUGUCUGUGGUGUGGGACUGGUGUGAGUGAAGCAGAGGGAGGCGUCUGUCACACUCCCAGUGACACCCUUUUAUUGGCUAUUUGGGACCAUAUUUCGUCAUUUGUGAUGCACGUUUUCUCGCGCGAUGCAAGCCAGUGGUACAUGUCGUGACAAGAGUUGAGGCAUGCAGCGACAUCCAGACAGAACAGUCGCAGGUUGGUCUCGGUGCUCCUGAAAAUCCCAAUCUUCUGCUCAGCCAAUCAGCAGUAUUUGACGCCAGGACGGCUGGUACACAUUAUGUGUGGCUGUGAAGAUUUCUGAGCUUCUCUGUCUGCCUCCACUAAGACACAGCCCUAGAACACCAUGGGAGGCGUGGCAGUGGAUGUGGGUGCAGGGGGGGUGAAGGCUCCAGAUGGAGGGUGGGGCUGGGCGGUGCUUGCUGGCUGUUUUGUCAUCACAGGCUUCUCCUACGCUUUCCCUAAAGCGGUCAGUGUCUUUUUUAAAGAGCUGAUCAGGGAGUUUGGGGUGGGAUACAGCGACACCGCCUGGAUCUCCUCUAUCCUGCUGGCCAUGCUCUAUGGCACAGGUCCUCUCUGCAGUGUGCUGGUGAACCGCUUUGGCUGUCGUCCGGUGAUGAUGGUGGGAGGCCUGUUCGCCUCUCUGGGAAUGAUCCUGGCCUCCUUCUCCACCAGCAUCAUCCACAUCUACCUCACUACGGGGGUCAUUACAGGUCUGGGGUUAGCCCUGAACUUCCAACCAUCUCUGAUUAUGCUCAACCGCUACUUCAGUGAGAAGCGUCCUCUGGCCAAUGGGCUAUCAGCUGCAGGAAGCCCUGUGGCCCUGUGCUGCCUCUCACCACUGGGCCAGGUCCUCCAGUACCAGUAUGGCUGGAGAGGAGGUUUCCUUAUCUUGGGUGGCAUUCUACUCAACUGCUGUGUGUGCGCCGCACUAAUGAAGCCUCUGGUCGCCCCUAAGAGCCUCAAGGCCAAGGUCCUGGAACAGGACAAAGAAGAGGGAACAGAGGGGUCAGAGAAGAAGACGAAGAAGCCCAAAGCCAAACUGUUGGACUUCUCUGUGGUCAAAGACUGUGGCUUUGUCAUCUACACCGUGGCAGCAUCCAUCAUGGUACUGGGGCUGUUUGUGCCUCCAGUGUUUGUAGUGAGCUAUGCUAAGGAACUGGGGAAUGAGGACACCAAAUCAGCUCUGCUGCUCACUAUCCUGGGCUUCAUUGACAUAUUUGCACGGCCCACAUGUGGGGUGAUCGCCGGACUGAAAUGGGUGCGGCCUCGUUGCGUCUACCUCUUCAGCUUUGCUUUGAUCUUCAAUGGAAUCACUGACCUGGUCGGAUCACAGGCUAAUAGCUACACAUCUCUAGUGGUCUUCUGCAUCUUCUUUGGCAUCUCCUACGGCAUGGUGGGUGCACUGCAGUUUGAGGUUCUCAUGGCAAUAGUUGGUACUGAGAGGUUCUCCAGUGCCAUUGGCUUGGUCCUGCUCAUGGAGUCUAUUGCUGUGCUGGUGGGGCCACCUGGUGCAGGCCGGCUUCUUGAUGCCACCAAGAAUUACAUGUAUGUCUUCCUGCUGGCAGGAAGUGAGGUGGUCCUCUCAGCCGUGGUUCUGGCUACUUGUAACUUCCUGUUUAUCAGAAACAAGCCUUCAGUGCCAGCAGACAAUCUGGAGAAUGUCACAGUUACAGACAGUGCCAAGGUGGAGGUGUGCAGCAAAGCCAUAGAGGUGAAUGACGAAGAGGAGAAAGGAGCAAGAGAGGAGCAAGAGAAGGAGAUGGUGAAGGAGUUAAAGGAGGAAGAGGAGAAAGACAAAGAGAAAGCAGAGGAGGUCAGGCCUGAGAGUGUAACAGUGGGCUCACAGGAAGUGGAAAGGUUUUUGAAAGAGCCUCAACAAAAUGGUGAGGUGGCCACAAGUCCUGAAACAUGCCUAUGAGCAAGGAUGAAGAACACUGGAUGAGAUUAUACUUGCAGGCUAUAGUCAUUCCUUUUUUUUAAAUAACCCAGGAUUAAGUGUACUUUGAAGUGUUCAUGAGCACCCUGGAUAGUAGUGCUUUUCCCAUUAUUCAGUGUUCAAUUCAGGUGUUCAUGUUUGUCCUUUGCAGGGGGGCUGAUCCAUGUCACUGCCAUAGGAAAUAGUAACAGUUAUGUAUGUCAGCAAUAUUUUAUCACUAGAUGUUGAAGUGUGGUGGUCAAUAGUAGACAAUAGAAGAACACAAUUAUAGCACUGCCUUGUGAAUACAGUUUAAAUCAAGAGUUUUAUUUGUAUGUAGCCACCAGCAAAUAAAGUUAAAGGAUCAUUCUGGCAAUAUUCUUUAUUUUUCUUUGUGCCAACAAAUCCUAUGAAAAGACCAAAGCCAACAAUUACUUUAUCCUACUAAAGACCUGGCACACCAGAAAGGGGCACAGUGAAGUUCCUUUGUGCACCUCAUGAAAAGGUACUGCUAGAAUCAAGUGACAGUAAUGUAAGAACUACCAGUAAGCAAAUCACUAACACACUAGCCAACUGGAAAUAUACUAGCAAUAGUCAAUCACAGUGGCUGUCUGAGCUAGAUAGCAGGCUUACUAACACUUAACUAGGGUUGCUAGCUUACAUGUACUAGCACUCUAGCUAUCUUGGUCGCUAUGAGGCAACAGGUUCAUACCAAGCAGCAACUACCAUGGCAAGAGGCAGAAUUCAAAGCGGAAGUAUAUUAGUCUGCAAUGCCACCGACGGCCACUAGAUGCUGGCUUCAGAAAAUCAUUGGCAAAAGCGUCAACUUCUCUCUAGAAAUAGUCAUUUUUUUUCAAUGAGUCAUUAUAGUCUCAGUCUCUAAAUUCAUGGCCUCUAAUAAGUGUGCUGGUGGUCAUUUUGGAAAUUAUUGCUCCAUUAAUAAGAUUUGAAGAUUUAUAGUAGCUCUGCCAUGUGGGUGUUGAUUAACAGUUGUGGUUGACAUUUGGCUCAACUGCUGCUCUACCUCCUCUCUGUCAGUAAGCUAGCAUUAGUUUGGGUCCAAGUUAGCGGGGCGUGUUUCCAAAGCAUGGAAGGCAACACCCUGCACUCAUUAUUUGAAGAUCCUGGCUAUAGAUGGAAAAGAUGGCGCCAACCAUGAGCUGCAACUCUGGGCUUCAAACUGGCUCCAAUGCAAACCAACAGGUGACGCCACACCUUGCUACCUCUAUCUUUGUAUAGUCUAUGGUCCACACACUUAAUUCAAGAAACAUAUAUAUUAAACCAUGCAGAAAAUAAUACUCUGUGUGAGUAAUGUUUGCUAAAAACUACAGUGACCAGCUGUUUUAGGAAAUAACGCAGCUUUUUUAAAAACAAGACUAUACGUACAUUUUAAUAGAUUAACGUCUUCUGUAGGAACAAAUGGGCUUGAAUGCCACAGACAGGGUAGGGAAGUCAGAAAGUAUUUAGAGACAGACUAACAACAUUGUUGGUUUCGUAUUUUCAUGGGAUUUGUUGACACAAGAAAAUUAUAGAUAGUUCCAGCCCUUAUCCUUUAAAUACACAAGGUUGCUUUUUUCUUACAAUGUGUUAAAAAGAGUCAGAGCAGCUUUCUUGAGUAAGAACACUUAACAUGGUUAUUGCUUGCUGACAAAAAGCUAAAAGCUCACAUCACUACCUGGUAUCAUCAAAGCAGAAAGCAUCUUCCCACAUGGCCUGUGCUUUCACGGUUAAAACAGACUUAAAUGUUUUUAGUGAAAAGUGGUUUAUAUUGUAUCAGUAUUAAAUGGUUGCUAAUGGAUGCUACAUCUGUCAGUGUUGCAGUUUGAAGGUUGUUGCUGGUCUUGUGAUAGCUUUGUGAUUCUUCAUUGGAUUAUGAGCAAGGCCCAAAUAUUCUCCACAUCUUUGUUAUCGUUAUAAUCACUGUGCAGGAGAUAUUAACAGUCUUUUGGAUAUUUCACCAAAGCAUAUUUGAAGUGUGAUAUUUAAAAUCUAGAGGUUGUAAUACAGUAAACGAAAACCUGUAGGUUGAAGGUAGCUUCAUUUGCGCUGCUUCACUUUCACUCCACAGACUUUGAGCAGCACUUAAUUGUAUAUGUGACUGUGGUUAAAUGUUGAUAUCAAGCUUAUGUGUUGACAAUUUGCAUUUGUCCCCAAAAAGCACUUGUUACCUUACCAAAAGAACAUGAGUAAACAUUUAAAGCCAGGCUAGCUGCCACUAGGGGUUAAACAUUUAUUACACUGUAAAAUAUGAAAUUGCUAGUUGAAUCUAGCAAUAAACUGAUUAUUGUGUUAUUUUUAGAGUUUUGUUUUAGAAGGUUAAAAAUGUGAUAGUUGUCCUGGAGGUGGCACCAGAGGGGGGCCCAUGGGGUGAUAAAUUUGAAAAGGGUUCAUCCCCACAGGGAUGCAUAAUAAAUUACUGUAAUAAAUUAUAGGAUAUAUUGGGUCACAAAAGGUCACAUUGUGGUCUACAAGUAGACAAAAGAAAAGAUGAGAAAGAAAUAGUGGAGUACAGUAUUUUUCUAAGGACCAAAGGACGACAGACAUGGCUAACAGCAGGGCAAAAAUAGAACUGAACUGACCAGUAGAUUGCUUUUUCCUCAAACUCAUGUUGCCUAUAUGUAUUGUAAUGUCUGUAUUAUUAAUGUGUGUUUCAGUGAAACAGAAUAUUAAAGGAAAAUUUGGUUUAUUUUCUA